UUUUCUUAGUAUCUUAAGAAGUAGUUUAGUACAAAACUUUCAGGAAUCCGAGAAAAAGCCAUGUCGGACCCUUUUUUCACGCGUCCGGAACAUAGAAAGAGAAAAGCGAGGAAUGCAGCACCAAAGAAAUCGGCUGCAGCAAAAAAAAAGCCACAAAAUGAACCAAAAGAUGAGGAUUUAGCAUCUAUAUCUUCAGAGUCAGAUGUAGAAAGGGAACAAUACGAUCCAGACGAAGAAAAUGAAGAUGCUCGAGAAAAUGCUGCUGAGAAGCGAUUGAGAAUUGCUAAAGACUAUUUGGACCAAAUAAAAAAUGAGAUUGGUGAAGACGUCGGUUUCAAUGCAGAAGACGUAGAUCGCGAGUUGCUCUCUGAGCGGUUGCAAGAAGAUGUUUUGGAAAAACAAGGAAAAAUGUAUUUAGAUUAUGCAACUCGAAUUGAGCCUUCCGUUCAAUACACUUGCACACAACUGCGUGGCCGACACUCGAAGCCUCUCGUUGGUCUUGUUAUGAAUGAAAAGUAUUUAUACAGUGCUGAUAAAUCAGGCUUAGUUCAAAAAUGGCAAAUUGUUAAUGAAGAUGCCGAAGAUAGCACGAAUUCGACGUCCGAACUGAAGCUGAGGCCUGUUCGAUUUUCUGUUCCCCAGGGAGGCGACCAUGACCAUGUGGCAGAGAUUACAUGUUUGGCAAUCAGUAAUAAUGGCCAAUGGGUAGUGACGGGUGGCCUUGACCAUCGUAUUGUUGUACGAGACGCCGAAACAUUGACUGCUCGGUAUUGCUGGAAACAUCAUCGAGAUGUGAUAUUGUCUUUGGCGUUUCGAAAAGGAUCAAACGAAAUGUUCAGUGCAGCUGCCGAUCGUUCCAUCAAAGUAUGGUCCUUGGACUCAAUGAGCUAUGUCGAAACCUUGUUUGGACAUCAAGAUAUAGUUUACGACGUUGAUGCGUUCUCCCAAGAGCGCUGUAUUUCAGUUGGUGGUCGAGACCGUAGUAGUAGAUUGUGGAAAAUAGUUGAGGAAUCACAACUCGUUUUUCGAAGCGGUGGUAACUCGGUCAAGAUGACAGGUGGAUAUAUGGAAGGCAGUGUGGACUGUGUCACCAUGGUAGAUGAAAACAAUUUUAUUACAGGUAGUGAUAAUGGAGUUCUUGCUCUAUGGUCUUUACAAAGGAAAAAGCCAGUUUAUACUUACCCUUUGGCACAUGGAUUAGAUACCCCGUUGGCUCCUGAACGGCAAUCUGCGGAAAAGACACCAGCAGAUAGCUCAACUCCUCCACAACCACGAUGGAUUACUUCGUUGAGAGCUUUGCCGUAUGCAAACUUAUUUGUCUCGGGUUCAUGGGAUGGAACUAUACGAUUAUGGAAGAUUGCCGACGGACUUCGUUCGUUCGAGCCUGUUGAGUUGGAGAAACCUUUGACAACAAAAAGCAUUAUAAACUCUUUGUCGCUUUCUCUUCGAGGAAGAAAGGGUCAUGAACAAUUAUUGGUUUUGGCUGCCUGUGGUCGGGAACUUCGCUAUGGACGCUGGAAGAAUAUUCGAAAUGUGGCCAAUCGUGGAUAUGUCUUCCAAAUUCCUUUGAAACCUGCUCUGCAGAUGUCGAACGGAACCGCAUGAGCGUAAACAAAAAAAUAAGCGCGUAAGCUAGGUACUGGUUUUGUUUUGUAUAAAAAAAGAGUCUUAUAAUCUCUCUACAAUAAUGUAUGGAUUGGAAAAUCGGUUGGAUUGUUAAUGAGUACAAUAAAAUUUUUGUAUGUUUUGGAGAAAUAAAACACUGUAAAGGUGUCUG